AUGAAGCUGAAUGAGCGCAGUGUGGCUCACUAUGCCACAUGUGACUCGCCUCCAGACAAAACUGGCUUCUUGUUUAAAAAAGGUGAGCGAAACACGGCUUAUCACCGCCGCUGGUGUGUGCUGAAGGGGAACAUGCUGUUCUACUUUGACGAUCGGGACAGCCGCGAGCCCAUCGGUGUCAUCGUCCUGGAGGGAUGCACCGUGGAGCUCUGUGAGUCUGCCGAGGAAUUCGCCUUUGCCAUAAAGUUUGACUGUGCCAAAUCUCGUAUCUACAAGAUGGCAUCUGAAAGCCAGGCUGCUAUGGAGUCAUGGGUGAAAGCCUUGUCCAGAGCCAGCUUUGACUACAUGCGUCUGGUGGUGAAGGAGCUGGAGAGGCAGCUGGAGGAGAUCCAGGAGUCUUGUAAGCCCAAGUCCAUCAGGAGAAACCAGGCUGUUCGCUCCCGGUCAGGUGCUUCUUCUUCAUCCUCUUCUUCCUCGUCUCUGUCCUCUGCCUCCAGCGCUCCGGCCAUGUCAGCUGUUUCCGCUGGAAAAAAGAGUUCCCAGGGUGAAAGCCCAUCCAAAGAGAACGGUGUUGUGUGGACUAAAGGUCCAGUUGCCAUGUCUACCAGCUCCAUCGAGGGGGCAACGUCCUGUGCAUCCUGGGAUGGCAGUGAGGACUCUGGGAUUCACAUGAGUGCAGGGCCUGAGGGCGUGAGAGCGCCCCCUGUUCCUCCGCGGAGGAGGGGUGCUUCUCUGGAGAGCCCCUUCUCCCCUGGGACAGGCUGCUUCUCAAAACUUCAUGACUGGUACGGCCAAGAGGUGCAGGAGCUGAGAGCCGAGUGGCUCGAGAGCCAAUAA